AUUUAUAAUUUUUUAGGCAAAGUAAUUUUAAAAUCAAUCUAAAAUUAAUCUAGAACUAAUUAAUAUAAAUUGUGUGAUGAGAUUAUUUAAUCUCACUUCACUGAUUUCAGUGAAGUGGAAUCUAUUAAUUAAGUAUAUAAACGACAACUAUCGCGAGGAGGGUAAAAAAACUGAUUGUGAAAAGUUUUGUUUUUAGUGUUGAAGUGUUUUAGCACAAAUAGUUGAAAACACGAUGGAAAAAUCCAAAAAUGUGCACUGUAGGUUCUGCGCUGAACCCAAAAGCUCUGAUAAAAUGCUCGACAUUUCAAACGAUGAGUUUAAACACGAAGAAAUUUCCAAAAAACUGAAUUUUCUGAACGCUAUCUAUGUUAAUGUAAAUAAGGACAAUAUUCUUCCAAAAACGAUAUGUUUCGUUUGCUACGAGGCUUUGAAUAAGGCUUACGAUUUUCUCGAUAAAGUGAAACGGGCUCAGACUAUUCUGUACAACAUUUAUCCUUUGGAAGAUGAGGAUUGUGUUUCUGAUGAUGACAGACCAGCAGGUUUCGAUGAACCGUCUAACACGGACGCAGCAUCAGAUAUAAUAAAACUAGAGGUACAGUUAGACAAAAAUGAGAUAAAUAAGGAUUUACUAGUAAAAAACGAGCCGAAAGAUGAAAUUGACAGCCAAGAGAGCCAAAUGUAUGAUCAAACUUUGAAUGUACAAGAUAUAUUAGAUGCUGCUCUGUGCAACUCUUAUCCUGAAGUAACAUUAUAUGCUAAGGAAGUUAAUAGUAAGAAAAAGUCUAUAUCUCUAUGGAAGGAGUAUCCGUGGAUAUGCUCCCACUGUGAUAUUGAAUUCCUGGAUAUAGUGACAUUGAGAUUACAUUCAAAGUUGACCCAUGGAAAAUGCAGUGCCUUUGUCUGUAUUGAUUGCAAUAAUCUUGGAAACGAUGACUUUGAGCCGUUCAUCAAACAUGUCAAGAUUCAUAGGAAAAAGCUCAGAAAGCGAUGCCACUAUUGCGACGAAAACAUAAACGAAGCAUCUCUACCCUUCCACAUUGAACAGCAUUUUCAAAAAAGUCAAGUCUCCUGCACAAAAUGCGGGGAGAUCCUCAAAAACAAUGAAUCCUUACAGAAACACUUGGGAGAGUACAGUUCCACCAAACCCAAGAGAAAACCACGGAGAAAACGUGGCACACCAUUGACUAUAGAGGAUUUGACUUGUGCUCUGUGCAAAAAGGUGUAUAAGAACCCUAACAGUUUGCGAGAUCACAUGAAGAUACAUACAAAUGAUAGGAAGAAGAAUUACACGUGUGAUAGAUGCGGAAAAAUGUUCUACAACAAAGGCACCCUAACCUCCCACAUCAUGGCCCACGACAAAGUGAGGCCCCACAUAUGCAGGAUAUGCAACAAAUCCUUCCUGUUCCCCAACAUGCUGAGGCGCCACGUGGAGAUGCAUUCCGGAAUAAAGCCCUUCUCAUGCGAGCAGUGUGGACGCUGCUUUAGACUGCGCUACCAGCUGAACGCGCAUAAGAUUAUUCACACUGAUUCCAUGCCGCACGUCUGCCAGUAUUGUAGCAAGGCCUUUAGGUUCAAGCAGAUUCUGAAGAAUCAUGAGAGACAACACACAGGAGCCAAGCCAUACUCCUGUCAAGCUUGUGGAAUGGAGUUCACGAAUUGGUCCAACUACAACAAACACAUGAAACGGAGGCACGGAUUGGACACUUCCAAGAAAAAGAUCACGCCCGAAGGCGUGUUCCCUAUUAACCCACAAACUGGGGAGCUGGUACAAUACAGUGACGCUGGGACUGAGGAGUGGAAAACCAAGAUCAUGAUACCGGGCAAACGGGGGAAGAAGAAAGUUAUUAAAAAGGAAGAUACUGUAUAGUAUUAGUAAUUACUGAGUAGAUUUUACUGCUUCUAUGUACAAACAUAUUUUUGUGUGAACGGCAAAAAGUUUCUUUGCAAAUUACAGUUCAGUUGCAAAAUACAUUUACAACUCAAUGAGCUAUCCUAAUGAGAUGGUUCGCAGGAGAACCAAGGUCACUGAUAUAGCCCAAACUAUUAGCAAGCUGAAGUGACAGUGGGCAGGCCAUGCCUGUCGUAGAGGCGAUGGCCGUUGGAGC